AUGAAGCGAUCCACUGCAGACGACGUCAACACCAAUGGUGUCCAACCCAACUGCAAUAAUGGCAGUGAAUCGACUUCAAGCAAAACAUCAACGAAAAACUUGGUGUCAAGAUCUGGUCUUGAGAAUGAGAGGGGCCCAAUUUCACCAGCCAACUCAAUGAGCUCCCCUCGCAAGCCUCCCAAUUUGGAGGAGAUCGACAAACGUCUUGAAGAGCUUCACGAAUUGGCCGAAAAUGCGCUGAUGUCAACAUCACUGGGAAGCGGAAUGAAUAUCGACCAAACGUUGUUCGAUACAGCUCUUUUGGAUUCGACAAGUGCGAUUCUUCGAAAGUGCGAGACUUUGCCGGGCGAUUUGACUAAAGCUUCGGAGGAAGGAGUUUUGGAGGAAGUUGAGGAAGCCGUUCGAGAUGCUGAAGAGAAGCAGAUGGACCGCAAUCACGCGUCAAUGUUGAUAGAUACGGAAUACAGCUCGGAUGAUGAAAUCGGACGUCGAUAUAAUGAAUUAUAUCGCACUGAACCUGACACGUUAUUCAAUACGGCGGAUAGUGGGCUAUCAUUGAGAACUACUUCAAAUCGUCGAACAAGGCAUCGAAUUUCUAGCAACGCAACGUUACACGAAUUCCAAUCGUCAAGUAUCGGUCAUGAACGCGCUCGAAGCAAUGAUUCAAGAUCGACGAGUCUUUUUUCUUCAUCGCUAGCGUCAUUCAGAAGACCGCUGUCGCAUUUUUCCAUCGACAACUCAUGCUUCGACAUGAACGAGGCGCCCGUCCAGCAUUCAUUAAUGUGCACACCGGUUGAAAAGAUCUAUGUGAAGAAUUCACGAUCGGCUCCUGAAAUGCGCUUGCACGAAACAAAAAUUAAUACGUUUCAAUCAACGCCUUCGCCGUCAAAUGAAGGAACAAGCGAAAUCAGCGUUUCGUCGGAAUUGUCUUCCAACGAACCCACGUCCUCUGCGUCGGCGCUGCCGGCGGUUAGUAAUUUGCAGUUGAGGCCAACUGACGGACUUGCCGAGACUUCUUAUACAUCACAAGAAUCUCCGAAACCGCCACCGAGACCAAAACGCGGACAACAGAUAGAGAAACGAAAGAAAAUGUCAGGGACUAUGAUACCAACAGUUCCAGAGGAAAGUUGUUCCAGUAUCACACAGAGCAUAGACUUGUAUAUGAGCGAACCACAAGCCGCGUUGGAAAACCGUUCAGUUGAAAUUAUUACUGUUCAGAUCUCGAACCUUAAUUUAGUUAAGAAAUUGAAGAAAUCGCUGUGUGUCACCGCGAAAUUAGAUACCACUGAUGUCCACCGUUCGGCAAAUAUUAAAAUCGAGAGCACUCCUCUCUUCCACGAAUUCAACAUCGAAACCAUGGAGUCGUUUUCGCAUCUUCAUAUUAUAUUUCUUGAGGGUUCGUUUGCAAUUCUAGCUCGACCCGUUGGCAAAGUGUCGAUUCCGCGCAAGAAUUUUGUGAAUCGGAUGAAGCUGGAACAUACGCUCAAACUUGGCGCUGUCUCGAAAUACCCUGAGUUUUGCGGGCAGAUCUGUGUUGAUAUUCGUCGCAAAUCACGAUCAUUCGCCAUUAGAGUUGUUGAUUGCGGUGGUUUAAAAUUGACCAACAGCCCAACGCUUCUCUUGCUAGUUUCAACAAUCGGAUCAGCAACGAACCUUGGAAAAUUGACAAUUGACGCUGAACAGAGAAGAAGUAAAGAAUGGUUGGAAAUGCCGUGUUCUGACGGAUUGCUGUCUUUGAAAAUGACACUUUGGCAAGAUUUACUUAAAGGCAUUAAUUCCGUAUUUCAUGGACAAGUUAGAGUCGAUAUUGAUGAACGGUGGGAAGCAGGACCGGCUAAAUGGUUCUACCUAAGAGCCAAGACCCAUGAAAAGCCAGAGAUCGAGGAGAUUGGUGAUGUUCUUGUAAAAACUUCUCAUCAAAUUGACCACAUUCUUCGCCUUCAUGUAUACAAACCGCUUUUGGAUAUUCUCAGCAGUGCUGGAACUGUCUAUCCGAUAACAGCAUCAAUUUAUGCAGUAAUCGAGUCACUUCCCAAGGUCGAGCUGUCUCAAAUAUCGCGAUCAUUGGUUGAACUUCUCGCCCAAUCGGAUAACAUUCGUCCCGUCCUCAACUCGCUAUAUGUCAACAAUAUUCUAAAGUGCCAAGAUGAGAACACCCUCUUUCGUGGUCAAUCCUUGGCCGGAAAAAUGCUUUUCGAGAUUCUUACAUCAUUCGGAAGAAUGUACUUGAUUACUACACUGAAGCCAGUGAUUGAUAAGAUAUUCAAGGAACAUAAAAACUGUGAGAUAGACCCGAUUCGCAUUGAAGACGGUUGUUCUCUUGAGAAGAAUAAGGCGAAUCUUCUGCUCUACUUCUCAUUGCUUUUCGACAGAGUCACGCAAAGUUCGACGAAUUGCCCUCAUUUCAUUAAACUUUUGUUCUUCGAUCUCCGAGAAGUUGUUAAGUGCAAAACUGGAAGAGUUGAAGUUCAGAGACUUGCAAUCUCAUCUUUCAUGAUUAUGAGAUUCUUUGCUGCUGCUAUCUUGAAUCCUAAAGCUUUUGAAAUUCGCAUCGAUCAACCGGAUCUUCGAGUGUCUCGCACUCUCCUUCUUCUGUCGAAAAUGCUGCAACGAGUGUCAAAUUGCACAGUGAGCCUCGGAUCAUUGUCGACUAAGGAAGCAUGGCUUUCCGAUGUUUUCGAGAAAGUGACAAGCGAAAAUAACAAGCAUGAGAUGACCAAGUUUUUGGAUAAUAUUUCGCUCACUGGCGAAAGUAAUGAACCAGAAAAGUGCACCGUGUUCAAGUUCGGAAAUCUUCAAAAAGUUGACAAAACUCGUCUUGCCUGGAAAAAAAUUCUUCAAUACAAGCAUCGUUACGUUCAACUUACCGACAGUCACUUGAUGUGGCACAAGGAUGUUCAAUUGCCACCGCAAGGAAAGAUGAAGCUAUCCGACGUUCGUAAUAUCACCGUCGACAACAAGACAACCAUUACUAUAACAACAGAUAACGAUGAUAUUCAGUUUGAGGCUGCUGGGGGAAACGAUGCCAACGAUUGGGUUCUCGCUAUUGAGAAGCAGCGCAAUCGCUCAAAAAAAGAGAGUGAUGAAACUACCUCGGAUCCAUUCACAUUUGAUCUUGAACGCCACUUGGACAAAGUCCACAGCAUAUUGUACAAGUACCGCGAAACCUUGAUCGACUGGAUUGCAGUCCUUGAUGAGAAGAAGGAGAUGGAUGAGAAGAACAUGUCGGAGCUAUUGAUGGCUUCAUAUGUACCUGAGGAGGACCGCGAGAUUCACAAAAUCAAGCUCCAGGAGACACUAAAGUCGACACUUUCCGUCAUGGAUGACAUCCAGAAGGCCCAUGAAGAGUACGAGAAGGAGCUUCUGAGCCAGAACCAGAUUGCCGAGGCCUUCGGAGAUGACGAAAACUAA